CCCCGGACCCUGGACUCAGACCCGCCCUAGCCUAGGGCCGUCACAGCCAUGGGAUCUCAUUACUCCCACCUCGAACAAGAGCCGAAUGGACCUGAUCCUAGAGGAGACGGGCUUCUCUCGGGCCAACCUCAAUCGUCUCCAUCACCGUUUCCGGGACCUGGACAGGAAUAAUAAGGGCUACCUGAGUCGGACGGAUCUCCACAAUAUAAAAGAACUUGAAAUGAACCCACUGAGGGAUCUGAUCAUCAACAGCUUUUUCCGGAAAGGGGGUCAGUGCCUGGAUUUCCGAGGAUUUGUCUGGGUCCUGGCCCAUUUUCGACCACUGGAAGAAGCAGAUGUCAAGGGCUCCCAGAAGUCUGAACCUUUAAACAGUCGGAACAACAAACUGUAUUUUGCUCUUUUUCAGCUUUAUGACCAGGGACCGAUGGAAAGAUCUUCAAAGAAAGAGAUGUUGGAGGUCUUGAGGUUGUUGGUUGGGGUUGAGGUGACAAAGGAGCAGUUGGAAGCUAUUGCAGAACGGACAGUGCAAGAAGCUGAUCAGGAUGGGGAUGGAUCUGUGUCCUUUUCAGAUUUUGCCAAGUCCUUAGAGAAGAUGAACAUCGAACAGAUCAUGAGCAUCCGGAUCCUGAAGUGACCUUCUUCUCCAGGAGGUCCCUCCUCUACCCUUGCCAAAGUCAUUUGCGCCCCCAGAGGUCUUCCCUUCCAUUCCUGGGAUGUAGCUUUCUCUAUUCCUGGUGGAAUCUACUUUCUGACCCUGGAAGAAUCUGCCACCAGACCUCAAAGAACCCAUCUCCAAAGGCUAUGCCUCUCUCCUUUGAGAGGGACCCUGAAAAGCUUGUGGGAUUCCAUUGUUCCUGGAGAAAAUCACCCCUUCACCUGAAUUAAUUUAGCCCAAUCUAGAGAAUCCAUGCUGCACCAUGGGAGGAAUAUACUCCUCAUUCCUGAAAGGAUCCACCUACAAGAGUCUUCAUUUCCAGAGGGGCUCCCUCACCCCACGUUCCUAAAG